AUGCCGAGGUGCCCCGUACCGAUAAGUGCCGAAGUGUCGGAGAUGAGCGGUGUUGUCCGGGAGACGAGCUCCAAAGUGCAGCUCAUGAAAAAGGAGGUCGCGGCUCUGCGCGCCGAUUAUACAGAUCUGCUGGCCAAGUUCGAGAACUUGAGCCUAGAGCUGAGCGAGCGUGUGGCAGCGCUCGAGAAGGGCCGGGCGGCGGCAAACAAGGAGGGCAUUGUGGGCGCCCCGGGACAGCCAGACGCCGCCUCGCCCUCCAAGCGGGUGGAUUCUUGCCCAGAUCCGGGUCUCAACGACACCGCGGCCUCCCCCCUUGCAGGUUUCCGGGUUGCCUCGCGGCUUGGGGCCAACCAAGAAGCAGCGCCGCAGCAGCAGAACGUGGCAGCAUCGCGCGAAGGCCAAUACUCCCCCGCAUCGCCAUCUCCAGCCCCGGCUCAUGCACAGCCGCAGCAGCCGAGCGUGCCACCAGCACGGGACGCGGUGUACUUUCCGCAUGCGGCAUCUCGACCACCCGCGCCGCAGCGUCCAGUCGCUCCUAUCCAAGCUCCUCCACGCCCAUCAGCGCCCAUAUUCCAUCAAGGGUACUCUCCCUUGCCGCAAUAUCCGCCACCAUCCGGGAUGCCGUACUACUGGCCGGGAGCUCCACCACAGCACAUACCCCCCCCCCCGCAGCAAUCAUACCCACCUCCCGCAUUCCCGAGUAUGAGUGGCGCGGGUGAAAGCGGCGUGGAUUGGCCGCGCGACUUUGGAGUCGAAGCAGGAGGCGCCGGAGCAGCUUCCGACGCCUUAACCCAGGGAAGGGAUAAGCAGCAUGCAGCGCCGAGCAGCAGCCAGGCCACUCAACCACCAGGCAUGGGCCUGUCGCAUGCCUAG